CGCCUGUUUUUCCCGGCAGCAGCGAAUCGAGCGUUUGUCCUGCUAAUAAAUCAAUGACGCCAUUCGGAGACUCCCAAGUAGGCGAUGAUUUAUGUCUGGCUAAAGGGUUUCCAGGAUUCCCGGGCCUAAUUGAGUUGCCCUUGAUGAAUCAGUCAUUUCUGGAGUGUCGUCUUUUCAGUCCCAAGUAGAGUCCGCUUUCAACGAUUCAAAAAUUCAACGUUCUCCUUUUCUGAGUAUUUUUCAUUUAAGAACUUAAUUUUUAAAUCUUUUGGUACGUUUAAGAAUGGAAAUUGUCGAGGUAACUGUGCCCCCGGUGGAUUCGCACUGGUCUCUGAAGUUCGUGGACAUCUGGAAGCCCUUUCCCAAGAAGACUUUGGCCAAUGCCACCUACAAGGUCAUCCGCUUCUUCUAUCCCCCCUUUGCCCUGGAGAAGGUCAAUGUCACCCAAGUGGUCGAAGAUCCCGAAUUGAAUGCCCUAAACGUGGGCCUCUUUCUGCUCCCUUUACUGGUGGCCUUCCUCGUCUAUGGAGGGUACAAGUAUCUGCGAAAAGAAUCUGACAGAGAAUCUGUACAGAGUCGAGUGGUUCGAGAGGAGCCACCACAGCUGGACGAGCUCGAGGAGCGCAUGAAGACCAAGUACGGUCCUGAGUACAAGCAGGGAAUCUGGAAGCGGAAGGACAUCCCCGAUCCUCCCUUCCAAAGAGCACCUCUCACCUCUCAGAGCACACUGGACUACGAGAGCCAGUCUAGCUACGACAUUGAACUACCCGAGUCAAUGGAAAACACCAAAAAUUUGGAUGCUUUCAUGGAGAAGCCUAAUUUCACCUUUGGCGACGAGGUGAAGUCCCGCUUGUUCCUUAGAGCCCCUCAGAUGGAUCAUCAUUCAGAACUAGAUAAGCUUAUCAGGAGCACGGUUGAAGAGUCUUCCGGAUUGGAAGGUAUAGUGAAGGAGAAGCCUUAACAAAGAAGUUCCUUUUCGACUUUUUACUCCCUCUAAUCGAGGCAAGUUCUUUUCUAUCCUUUAAACGAGAAAAUCGAUUUAAGAUCCUUCAUUUCCGUUUAAUGAUUCGGCCCUUUUUCAGCCACUGGGAAAGUGUCAGCUUUCGGCUUUCCCUGUUGGUGCAAUAAAAUGAAGUGAUUUCCCA